AUGACAACCGAAAAUCCCUCGCCGCUGUCUGGCAGGGACAUCGAGGAGGACUCCUCCGAUGUCUCCCAAAGCGCUCAAUUACCUACCGAGAAAGGUCCUCAGAAUCACACCGAGCUUAGGUACUGUACCUUAGCCUAAAAAAGUAGCUUUCUUAGCUGAGAACUAAUUGGAAAUGCAGACGAACACUUAAUGAACGCCACGUGAACAUGAUCGCAUUUAGCAGUACCAUUGGCAUUGGUUUAUUUCUACAGUCCGGAAAAGUGAUGUAUCUUAUUGGACCUGGAGGUGCAGUAUUGGCAUAA